AUGAAUACUUUAUUUUAUAGAAGGAUUUCUCAAACCUUUCAUCCGAAUCCAAAAUACGAGUUUGCUACCGAAUCAAGGAAGCUAAAAAAAUCCAUAAAGAAACGUUAUCAUGAAGUUUCAUCCGAAUCUGAUUCGACAAUUGAUGAUUAUGAUGAAGCGAUUACACCAAUACAUUCCCCUUCUUCAACAAGUUUGAACUUGCCUUUGGAUUUCGCCGAUAAUUCGGGAAACUUUGUUCGAACGAUGCGAAUUAUUAAACGGGAAUCCAAACGUUUAAGCACUUUGAUGAUAAUUAAUGACGAGAAUAACAGUGAAAUUACUUCUUAUCUCGAUGAUUCAAGUAACAAUGAAAACUUGAACUCAACAAUUGAUCAUACCUCACAACCCUCUUCCAUCGCAUCGAAAAAUUCCUCCGAAUACACGACCGAGGAUUUUUAUUCAGAGUAUUUCUCCGAGAAGAAGGCAAAAGAUCGAGCAAUUCACAUCGCUUGUAGAAUAAAGAAACAGUUGCCUUCCAUUUUCUCCGGCUGCCAAUUGUUCCUUUCCAAAGAAUGUCCCGAAACGAUUCCUGAAAUAUCCCCUCUCGAUAUAACGAAAAUGAUCGCGGAUCGAUUAUACACUUUUAUAUACAUCAAUGAAUUGAUGCCUUCCUUUUCUCGAGAACGAAGCAAAAUUCUAGAAAAAUUGGAUUUAAAAUUAUCGAGACAGGGAGAUGCCAAAUUAUCACAAAAGAUUGGAGGACACGAAGCAUUCUUUUCAUUUCGAUUUACUUUGGAUUAUUACUUUAAGCAUAAUAUCUUACCCUCACAAAAAACAUUAAUGUUUUCAUCGGUUGAUGAGUGGAAUGAAUUGGGACAAAGAUGA